AUGCCUGGAGCAAUCCCAAUUUUUGGUCACCUUCUCAGGCUCGGCGGAGACCACGCAACCACUUGCGAGACCUGGUGGCGCCAGGGGAACCCAUCCACCUUUCAGAUCAAGCUGGGAAACACCAGAGCUGUGGUCUUCAACUCCUUUGAGGACAUUCGCCGACUCCUCAUCGGCCACCAGAACGCAGUCAUCGACCGACCGAAACUCUACACUUUCCACGGCCUCAUCAGCAGCACGCAGGGCUUCACCAUCGGAUCGUCCCCCUGGGACGACUCCUGCCGCCGGAGACGCAAGGCCGCGGGCACGGCGCUCGGUAGACCAGCCCUACGGAGCUACUACCCCAUGUUCGACCUCGAGAGCUACUGCAUCCUCCGAGACUUGCACAAGGACAGUCGCAACGGCGAAGUCGAGAUCAGCGUUCGGCCGUACAUCCAGCGGUUCGCGUUGAACACCACGUUGACGCUUUGCUACGGCAUUCGCAUGGACGCCGUCUACGACGACCUGCUGCGCGAGAUUUUGCACGUUGGGUCGGCGAUCUCGCUUUUGCGCAGUGCUUCCGAGAACACCCAGGAUUACGUCCCCAUGAUGCGCUAUUUCCCAAAUAAUGAAAAGAGCCGUCGUUCCAAGGAUCUUAGGGAGCGCCGUGACGCGUAUUUGAACCUCCUUCUGGAUAAGGUCCGAGAGCAGAUCAAGCGGGGCACCGAUAAACCCUGCAUCUCAGCAGCCAUCUUGAAGAACGAAGAAACCAAGCUGAGCGGUGUGGAAGUCUCGUCGAUUUGUCUGUCGCUUGUGUCCGGAGGCUUCGAAACGAUACCUGGGACGCUGACCUCGACCAUCGGAUCCCUUGCCACGAAGGAGGGGCAAGCUUGGCAGGAACAGGCUUACGAGGAUAUCAAGCGCUAUUACCCAGAUAUGGGCGAAGCGUGGGCCUCUUCUUAUGUGGAUGAGAAGAUUCCGUACAUCAACGCCAUUGUAAGGGAAGCCGGACGAUACUACACAGUCAGUUCCAUGAGUCUUCCCCGAAAGACUGUGACCGAAGUGAACUGGAACGGAGCCAUCAUACCCCCCAAGACAAUGAUCUUGGUCAACGCACAAGCCGGAAAUCACGAUGUCGGGCAUUUUGGUGACGAUGCCGGAUGUUUUAACCCCGAAAGAUGGCUCGAGACUCUGGAUCCCCCAACGGAGAAGGAGGUCUCAGGCGUUGGUCACCUCAGCUUUGGGCUCGGCUCCCGCGGGUGCUCCGGGCAGUAUAUCGCCCAGCGUCUGUUAUACACAGCCUUGGUCCGACUCCUAUCGUCGUACAAGAUCGUUGCGAGCGAAGAAGAACCACCGAAUACGGACUAUGUUGAGUACAACCAGUUCAAGACGGCUUUGGUGGCAAUCCCCAAGGAUUUCAAGGUGAAGCUCGUCCCCAGAGACGCGGCUGUGACCAGCGAUUGCCUAAGAGCUGCGGAGGAGAGGACUCGAGAGCAUUAUGUGGAGUAG